GCAGCCGGCCAGAUUCCGGCAGGAGGAGUCCCGCGCUGCCCCAACCCAGAAGCCGCUGGGAGCUCGCCCGCCCUCGGAACGCUGCCCGUUGGCCCCUGUACUGUCCAUCCUUCCCCCAGCGGUAUCUCGGGCCUGCGCUGAGCGGGUUCUUGCGGCUGCCAGGAGGCGUGAACUGCGGACUAUGAGCAUGGGCUUCAUCGGCGCCGGCCAGCUGGCCUAUGCACUGGCGCGGGGCUUCACAGCUGCAGGCAUCCUGUCGGCUCACAAGAUAAUAGCCAGCUCCCCGGAAAUGGACCUACCCACGGUGUCCGCGCUCAGGAAGAUGGGCGUGAACCUAACACGCAGCAACAAGGAGACGGUGAGGCAUAGUGAUGUCCUGUUUCUGACCGUGAAGCCACAUAUCAUCCCCUUCAUCCUGGAUGAGAUUGGGGCCGACGUUCAAGCCAGACACAUCGUGGUCUCCUGUGCAGCUGGUGUCACCAUCAGCUCUGUGGAGAAGAAGCUGAUGGCGUUCCAGCCAGCCCCCAAAGUGAUUCGCUGCAUGACCAACACACCUGUGGUAGUGCGGGAGGGUGCUACAGUGUACGCCACAGGCACCCAUGCCCUGGUGGAGGAUGGGCAGCUUCUGGAGCAG